CUACGACUACGAAGGCGUACCCAGCAUGCAGUAAGACUUGAAGCGAUCAUGUCUUACCGAGAAUGGUCGGGAGAGAGAGCUGGAGGGGCAAGGAGAGGUGAAGGGUCCACCUCAAAAUCACCUUCGCCUGAUCCUGAAUUGGUUAAAUAUUUGAAAGAGCAAAAAGCGUCAACUUCUACCAGCUCAGAAGAGGCUUUUCAUCGUAAUCAACGUAUCGCAGCAGGUGGUAUCAAUCAUGCAAAGAAUCGGUUUCAACGUGAAAGAGAAGAAGCAGAAAGGAGAAAGAGAGAAGAAGAAGAGUAUGCUGCCAUUGCUUAUCGAGAAUUUGUGGAGGAUAUGCAAGGCGAUGGAAGAAGUCGAGGCAGCAGAAGGGAUGGCACAAAGGACAAGAGUAGGACGAAUGAGCGAUCCUCUGGAUUUGUUCGAGCGGGAGGAUCAGAAUAUACUCAUGAGAAUGUCAAUCGUAGAGAUCAAAGACGCAAUGAUUCAUCAGCUUUAGCAAGGGAAGAAGCAUUCAUUGUAGAGGAUGAUGAAGGACUUGACAGCAAGAUGCAAAAUGCAGAGAAAGACAUACCACCUAAACGCAAAGGAGCAAUGCAAGACUUUCUCGGAGAAUUGCAACGGGAUCAAGCCAGAAGAGAAGAGAGACUGCGACCCCGUGUUUCAGAGAACGAAUCAAUCUCUUCACUCCUUGCUCGUGAAGCUCAAAGGAACGGUACAAGAGAAACGCAUGAUCCCAAAUCUACAAACGUUUGCAUCUUAAAUCUACCAGGAAAUGUGAGCGAACACACUUUAGGAGAAUAUUUCAGCUAUUAUGGCGAUAUUGCGAGUGUGAAGAUCAUGUGGUCAAGAACAGAAGAUGCAAGGAUGGUAAUGGCAUCAAAUGGAAUGUCGAUUCGUGAAACGAAGCAUGAAGGAGCAACGGGAUUCGUCAAUUUCAUGUACAAAUCAGAUGCAGAGCAUGCCUAUAACCAGAUAGAAGGAUCUCAAUGGAGAGGCUGCUUAUUACGAACGGGGUGGGGUAAAUGUCUUUCCCGGCCAUUCGAGCCUUUGUACAUCAAAUCUGAUCGCACAAAAAAGGACUUUGAGAGUGAACAACAUGCAAAAGAGCCAACGGAAAACUCUGCCCCAAUUGCAAUACGUUUCAAAAGAUCACGUAGCCCUGGCUCUAUACCACAUCGUCGAGAAAGGCCACGAGAGAGAUUUUCUCAUGGAAACACAUUCGAGGAUGAUGGUUAUGCUUCGUUCUACAGCACCGAUUCAGAAGAAGAGAGUGAGAAUGAGAAUCUGCAGAAACAAACAGACAUAUUCGGCAAAGUGGCUCGAGCAAGAUUUGAUGCCAUGUUGCGCAGUUUGACAGGACGUCGAGAGCGCAUUGCACGGGUGAUGUUAUUUGCAUUGGAACAUGCGUAUUGUGCAAAAGAGAUUACUGAUCGCUUGAUUCAGUCACUGUUGGUGCCUUCGACACCACUGCCACGUAAAUUGGCACGAUUGCAUGCCAUCUCGGAUAUUCUGCACAAUUGUUCAGCUCCUGCAAGUAGUGCUUGGAGAUAUAGAUCUCUAUUCGAAUCAACUUUGGAAGCUGUCUUUCUGCAUUGGGGCGAUGUAGCCAACUCAUUCCAAGGAAGGAUCAAACGCGAAGCUUGCAAGGAUAUGGCAAGACAAUUAUUGGAAGUUUGGGAAUCAUGGUUGAUAUUUGAUUUGAAGCGGAUACAAAAAUGGCGGGAAUGUGUGGAGAGAGGAAGUGUUGUUGCGACGAUAGAGGCCGCAUCAGACUCUGUUCCCACAACCCUCAAGCUCGAUCAGCAUCAUGAGUCAAUGGAAGACAUUGAUGGUGAGGAAUAUCAAGAGGAUAUUGAUGGUGAAGCAUUGGAAGAUAUUGAUGGGGAGGCAAUAGAAGAGCUCACAAAUAUGACCGGACCAUCUCUGAUCGCUGCCACUGCUGAAGAACAGGGAAUCCUGCAAUCUUUAGAGCAUGCAGCAGCUCUUUUCACCAGUCCCGAUCCGGCCGGAAGAAGUCAAGGAGAAGCAAUCUUUCUACAAUUAAGACAAAGUCCAAAUGCAAUAGAGCAUGCUUUAUUCUCUUUAGAGCAUUCUAGUGAUCCUUUCGUUCACUUCCAAUGCUUGAGCGUUCUUUUGGAGCAUUUGCCAAACCUUUCUUUGCGUACACCAAGCAAAAGCAUCGCAUCUUUAACGACCAUUCGAGACUUUUUGUAUGCAUUGAUCGUGGCACGUUGUAAUGAUGCCAAUGCAACCUCAUGGCCCAACUGGACAAGAUCUCGUGCUUAUCAAACAUUAUCUGCUGUUCAGCUGAGACUACUGGGGUUAGAGCUCGAGGAAGCAAAGGAGUCGCAUCAAACUGGAACAGUCAUCGAAGCACACACACAAUUCAUUCUUUCGCAUAUUGUCAACCUUACGUCUGUGCAGAGCCUUCAGGAGAAUCAACAAGGAUUCUUCGUUGGAACAGGUAUUGCAAACUCACUCCUAGAUGAGAUCAGUCAUAAUACACAAAUCAAUGCAGGCAACACUAGCAGCACCUCAAAUCGAUCAAAAGGCAAAUCUCGUAUGGUCGACAAUACUGGCUUGUCUCCGAUUCAACAUAGAUGGACGAAAGCUUGGAUGCAGGAACAGAUCCUGCCGCAUUUGUUACAAACAAUCAUACAAGGCCUCUCAUUCAUCUUGUCGAACCAAGCAUCUACUGUUCAGGCAUCAAUCGUUUCUAUCUUGUCUGCUUUGGUCAACUUAUCAGAAAAACUGUUACGAUGGUCAUGCAUUUUGACAAAACCUUGGGCAGGACUGGAUAGAAAUCUGGAUUUUGAGGAAACUUCAUCUCUCUUAGCAGAGGACAACCUCCUCAUCGAAGAUGAUCUAGACGACUUGGAAUCAUCUGAUCAACCGAAAAUUUCAUCAAGCACACACAUCAUUCGCUAUAUACCCGAAUCUCUCGCACAAAUUCUUUUGAGCAUAGACAUGAUCUCGCUCAUCAGUUCCGCUUAUCGAUUCGCGAAUCAAUUAGACACAAUCACAAACCGAGAAGCGGCACUUUGCAUAUCAAGGCUGAGAAGAUGUUUGCUUUCGAUCUCAAGCUUCUCCCAAGCACCCCAGUCAAAUGUCCAAGUGGACCUCGCAGGACGUCAAACUACCAUUCUGAAAACACUAGCAAUGCUUCGUGGUGAUGCGCAGCAUAUGUCAUCUCCUUUGCAAACUGAUCGAGGUCAAGCAUUGUUGUUCCUGGGACAACUUUAUUCUGUCGCCUUGAAGUCUACUGCAUCAGUAUCGAUUGAUCAUUUACCCUAUGGCAUCGAAAAUGCUAUACAAGAUCUGUCUGCGCUGUCAAAUAUGAUCCUAACAUUUGCUUUUGGCAGACGAGGUAAUGACAGCGAUGAAGAUGAUGAUCUUGAUUUACUGGCGGAUGAGAUGAUUCCCAGCCUUCUCUCUGCAUGGUUGGCACUCCCAGAAGUUUGCAAGGAUCCAGCAACGCUAUCAAAGAUUUCAUCGCACACAUUCAUUGGAAUCGUCAAGCCUUACAUCGAUGCUCGAUUGCAUCAGGCUUCGACCGCAGGCGAAAGUGAAGCAGAUGACGAUGAGGAUGAAUACGGCGAGGAGACAAGACCUGAUCAAGAGGUGUACGAAGAUACACUGAUCAUGUUUGCCUCUUUGGCUCGUCUUGGUAACUUGAGCGAGACAUUGGCAUACCUUCAAAGCUUGAGUGAUCGUUUGUUGAAUGAGCUUGUGGCUUUCUACAAAUCUCCUAGCAACGCUCAAAUUGGAUCUCCCGAAAUGAAAGCCUUGGAAGGACGAUGGGAAAGCUUGCACUGGAUCAUCCUCAUUACCGGGCAUACACUAGCCGAUGUCAGUAAAGGAGAAGUUGCCAUGGUUCCUCGUGAGAUUGAGGUGCUUCCGGAGCAAGAUCAGCAGGUGGCAGUACAUCUAAUACAAUCACUCGGAUUGAAUCUCGCUCAAAUUCUGACAGAUGCAGAUCAGUCUAAACCGCAAAGUCCUCAAGUUCUGCAGACUUUGCUCUGGUUCAACGCUCGUUGGAUCCCAGGCUACUUGUUGGUCCGAUCAACGCCCGUUCUGUCAGCGAAGUUCGAUGCUCGAGCUGGUCUGCAGACCUUGUCGUUCUUACUUGGGAGGAUCAAGAUCAUCAUGGGUGUUUGGGUAUCAGACAGUGAUGUGAUCUUACAAGUUUCAUCCAUUUUACGUGCUUUUGCAUUGUCAGAAGGAGUAAUGCGUUCAUUGUUGUCGAUCUCUGAAUUUGAUGAGCUAAACAGAGCAAUUAUCGAAGGUCUAGGUGUCUUGCCAGCCAAAACGCAUAAACCUUUGAUUUCAGCUUUGAUUGGUUGUAUCUAUGCAAGCGCUGCCACACAAUCACCAGAGAUCUUCUUUGAUCGUAUCACACAAGCAAUCGAACAACGGCUGUCUGUCAUCGUACAUCAACCUUCCUUCACUUCGCCGAGCGUUUUCCAAAGAGGAGAUGUUGUCGAAGGUUUACACAAUGCACUGGACAUGUUUGAUGGAUUAGCAGCUAGUACUCAACCAAGAUCAGCUCGUGCAGUGUAUGGGUUCCUCUCGCGCUUCUUUGAUACUUUGAUCAAUCUGAUCACAAUGUACAAAGACAGAAGUGAGAUUGGAACGGGAAUCAUUCGCAUUUUCCGUACUUUGAUUGGCGCUCUGGACCUUGGCUUUGGUGUUGAUGAAGAAAUUGUAUCCAGCCUAAAUGAAGUGGUCUGGAAGUUGAUGGAAGGAAUGAAUGCCAACAUCUUGAUUGGCGAUUCACCUGCAUCUGCUUUGGAAGAAGACAUUCCCUUCGAGGGUCUUUGUCUUGCGUUGGAGUUGAUAAACGAUCUCCUCUUGGCAAGCGAUGGGGAUGCACGUUCUCCUGUCUCUCACUGGCUGGCCAGCGUAUCUCAUCGUCAGACUGGAGAUGUUUGCCUUUUCGGCUUUUCGCGUUUGGUGCCAUUCUUGCAAGGAGAUGUUUUGUCAAGCUCAGGUAUUCGUACUCGCUUGGCACGCUUGACAAGUCGUCUUUUCAUCUCUUUUGGUCACAGACUUGUAGGUAUGGUGAUCCAAGAAGGUAUGCAUCAACAAUCUAUCCCAGUUCCUGGUAAUGGACAAGGUCAAUGUGUUCAGUUGUAUACUGCUUGCGUUGAGGCUUUAUCCAUCUCAUUGAACUUCGAUGAAACAAAUGCAGUCAUUGAUAGUCUAGAGGCUAUUGACGGUCUUGCAAAAGCAUCGCAAAGGGUACUUCGUGAAGCAUUCAAUGCAACGAACGGUAGUGCUGCUCAACAGAAUGUCAAUCAAGCAGGACAAGUCGUCCUUGCAUCUUUAUCAUCCCCACUUUUGGACAAUAUCUUACGCGCAACAUUGAUUGAGCCCAUUGCACCGACAAUGCUUGAAGCUCAUAUCCGGACAUUAUUCUCACUGCUGAACGUCAUCAUUCAUACUCAGGUACAAUGGCAAAUUGAUGGUCAACAAGAAGAUGGCAAAGUUCAUCUUCAAAAGCAUUUGCAAACGUUUUGUGCUACUACGUCUCUUUCAAGUGGCCGUGUAAAGGCAUCCUCAAAAGAGAUUGUCAAUACUGGAAAUGCAGAUGAUUUGCGCAGGAGGACAGCUCUCUCGACCGUGAUCAUCCAGCUUGUCGAGCAUUGUAUCUCAACAACCGGAAAAGCACAACAAGAUUCUCUGAUCGAAGGCCGUGCAAGGGAGAUUGCUUGGCAAGCUAGAUCUGAUCUCAAGGUUCGUUGAUUUGUACAAAUUCAUGAAAUACAUAAUACAUUGAUAAUUGCGGG